AGUGAAAUGCUUUGAUUUCGCUGAUUGUUCGAUCACACGCAAACUGACAGCGGACUCAGCUGGUUGUCAGCGCGCUAGCCACAGCAUCUGGCAGAUAGAAGUAUUCAACUCGUGCAAGUGUUCGUGUUUAGAGUGCAGAUUACAUGUGAUUUGAGGCACCCACUCAUUCAAAUCGAAAGCAAUUCCCAAUUGUAUUGAACUGAACUUAAAAGAAAAGGAACAACAGUGCGCGCGUCUAAUUGUGUCAAUAAAAUGUUGGAGUUUUAUCCAAUGCCCACGAACCUCAAUCAAGUCGGUGGCAGUUUAUAUUCGCUGCAGCAGAACCAUGGAGGCGCACGUUUCCUGGACAGUCCCAGUGCAACGGCAAAUGUAAACAGCAACAUGACGACCGCCUGUUUGCCCAACAGCAACAACAGCAACAACAGCAGCAACAACAGCAACAGCAAUAGCAGCAACAACAAUAACAAUGCCCAUAAUAACACAAACAACAGCAACAGCAAUUUGGCAGCAAACAUUUCCGGCAACAGCAACAGCAACAAUCCAGCAGCAACAGCUUCAUUAACGGCAUCUGUAAUUUCCUCACAACAACAACAGCAACAUCAACAACAACAGCAGCAGCAGCAACAGCACGCGGUCUCGCCAACGCCAAUUAACAGCUGCCCAACGCCCACAGGUCACAGUCCCAUCAACAGCAACAACAACAAUAAUAACAACAACAACAACAACAACCAUAACAACAGCAAGAGCCAAAACUCCGCCUGCAACACAUUAACAGCUGCUGCUGCUGCUACUGCUGCCGCAACAACAGCAACAGCAGCCGUCUCUGCCCCAUCGUCAGCAGCAACUGGAAGUGGAGCCACGGCAGCCUCGGCAGCAGCGGCAGCGGCGACGGCGUCGGCUUUGGCGCUGGCGUCAGCAUCGAAAUUGUCUGCCGAUUGCAGUGGACGCACAGAGGUUGGCCACAUCAAAUGCGAGAAGAACUACGAGCUGUGCGAGGGCUGUGGGCAGAAGAUCCAUGAUCGCUACUUGAUGAACGUGGGUGAUGCCAACUGGCAUGAGCAGUGCCUCGCCUGCUGCUACUGCGGCAUGCAGCUGCACCACACCUGCUACGUGCGCAACUCGAAGCUCUACUGUAAGCUGGACUACGACCGUCUAUUUGGGGUCAAGUGUGCCGGCUGCUGCCAUGCCAUACUGCCGCAGGAGCUGGUGAUGCGGCCCAUACCCAACUAUGUAUUCCAUCUGCCCUGCUUCGUGUGCUACGCCUGCCGUCUGCCGCUCCAGAAGGGCGAGCAGUUCAUGCUGCGGGAUGGCCAGCUCUUCUGCUAUCGCCACGAUUUGGACAAGGAGAUGUUUCUGGCGGCAGCCGCUGCACAGCACUGCGGCUUCGUCGGCCUCGACGAGGAGGAUCUGCUGCGGCCACGCGACGGCCGACGCGGACCAAAGCGACCUCGCACCAUUUUGACUUCCCAGCAGCGCAAACAAUUCAAGGCCUCGUUCGAUCAGUCGCCCAAGCCGUGUCGCAAGGUGCGCGAGGCGCUGGCCAAGGACACGGGUCUGUCGGUGCGUGUGGUGCAGGUGUGGUUCCAGAACCAGCGAGCUAAGAUGAAGAAAAUCCAGCGCAAGGCCAAGCAGAACGGCGGUGCCACUGGCGGCUCAGGCUCAGGCCGUGGCAACAGCAGCGCCGGCGCCUCCGACGACAAGGAUGCCAGCGAGAAGGAUGAGAAGUGCGUGAAGCAGGAGCACGGCGUCGACAAUGUCGGCUUUCUGGGCGGCAUGGACAGCGCCUUCGCCAGUCAACCGCUCAAUCCGAACUUGCCCUUCUCACCGGAUGAUUAUCCGGCCAAUUCGAAUGACAGCUUCUGCAGCUCCGACCUCUCGCUGGACGGCAGCAACUUCGACCAGCUGGACGAUGACGCCGACUCGUUGUCUUUGAACAAUCUGGAGCUGCAGUCGACCAGUUCGUCGGGCAAUCACAACCAGCACUCGAAUCCGCACGACAUGCUGGCCAAUCUGAAUACGAGCCUUAUCAACCCCAUCGACAAGCUGUAUCUCAUGCAGAACUCGUACUUUAGCUCGGACCAUUAGACAGAGACAGCAACCGAGCGAGAGGCAGACGGACAGACAGAGACAGAGAGUCGUAGUCAUACGAAUUUAUUAGCGUUAGAGUUGCGAGCAUGUGUUGGUAGGCAUUGUAACUCCUUGGUUAACGGGCAACUAAGUCACUUCGCCAGUCGGCUUUUUUUUUGUGGUGGGAUAGUUGAGAUUUUAAGUAAAAAUGAUCAAAUGUGAUUUUUAAGCUAAACGAAGUUUUAAGAAAAUUGCAUUACAGCGAUAUAAACGAGAGGUAAUGCGAGAAUUAUUGUUAGUUCGACUUAAGUAAAUAAGUAGAGAAGCCGAAAGAUAAAAUCAAUGUGAGCCUAUGUUUGUAAAUAGUUUUAGAACCAAAAAAUUGUUAUAAAAAUGUAAUUUAAAUUAAAAACGUCAAUAAAUUAUGUAUU